CUUCUGCUUUCCCUCCCCGGGCGGCUGCAGCGGCCAUGGAGCCCGAGGCGCGCAGCGUGCAGAUCCAGUUCCCCCACUACGCCGCGGUGCUGCUGGAGUCGUUGAACAAGCACCGCCUGGAGGGCAAGUUCUGCGACAUCGCCAUCCACGUGCAGGGCCGCGUCUUCCAGGCGCACAAGAGCGUCCUGGCCGCCUCCUCGCCGUACUUCCACGACAAGCUGCUGCUGAACGACACCAACUGCAUCGUGCUGCCCAGCGUCAUCGAGCCCGACGCCUUCGAGAACCUGCUGCAGCUCAUCUACUCGGGGCGCCUGAAGCUGUUCCUGGAGGCCCUGCCCAGCCACCUGCUGGUGGCCAGCGGCCUGCAGAUGUGGCAGGUGGUGGACCAGUGCUCCGGCAUCCUAAAGGAGCGGGAGGGGGGCGGCCCCUCCUGCCGGCCCUGGUCCGGCCGGGCCAGCGAGAGCCAGUCCCCGAGCAGCAGCAACCCCUUCGGCGUCCGGGACGACGGGGAGGCUGCCGGGGGGGCUGAAGGGCCUGGCCGGCCCCGCCGCCUGCAGCAUGAGUGCCCGGACGAGGAGGUGGUGAAGAUCCGGGUAUCCCAGGAAGACGAGGAGGAGGACGACGACGAGGAGGAGGACCGGCAAGCCCAGAUCUGCAGUGGGUCCGCUGACCGUCCGGUGAAGGUCAUUCUGGACGAGGAGGAGGAGGAGGAGGAGGACCGUGGCGGAGGCUGCCCCGGCAAGGGUUCCAGAGAGCAGGGCCCUGGCUUCGCUUCCCCCCAUGAGGCCCCCAAAGUCUUCUACAUCAAGCAGGAGCGCUUCGACGCAGAUGAGGCCGCUACCUCCGUGCUGGGGGAUGGCCCAGCCUCCUGCCUGUCUGAGACUGGCUUCCUGAAAUCCUUGGGAAGGCCCCUGGGUGUGGCUGAGGUCCCAGGUCUCUGCCAGGCAGAGAUCCAGGCCACCGGCGAGCUCAGCUACAUCCUGCCCGGCGGGGCCUCCUCGUCCACGGCACCCAGCUCCUUUGCUGUGAAGACCCAGCCCCUCUCGGCAGACUCCGUGGCAGCUUUCCCUGAGAGCUCGUGGAAGCCCGUCGACCUGCACGGCAACGAGAUCAUCGCCCAUGCUGUCCAUGGCCAGGUGGUCCACGCGCCCGUCAAGCUGAUGUCUGCGCCCGAUGGCAAGAAGUUCGGCUGCCUAUGCGGGAAGCGCUUUGCCGUCAAGCCGAAGCGGGAUCGGCAUAUCAUGCUGACGUUCAGCUUGCGCCCCUUCGGCUGCUCGGUCUGCAACAAGAGGUUCAAGCUGAAGCACCACCUGACGGAGCACAUGAAGACCCAUGACGGCAACCUCUACGCAUGCGAGGACUGUGGCCGCAAAUUCCGCGUCCAGACCUGCUUCCUGAAGCACAAGGAGCUCUGCAAGGGGCAGGGUUGGGCCACCGCCUGCUGGACCUACAAGUAGGGUCCCGCCUGCCGAAGGAGGGAGGGCCCCGUCUGGGCAGAAGCAGAGCCCAGCUCUGGAUAUCUGCCUUCUCCCUGGACUCCGUGCCUGGAGGAAGUGCUGCUGUGGACGUCGCAGCGCUGACCACAGCAGCGUGGGCCCACUCGGUCGCUCUGCUGGUCCUUGGUGACCUUUGCGGGGAGCGGCAUCCGAACUCCGGGGGUGCUGUGGGAGGAGGGGCAGCAGCCAGCCUGGGCGGGAGCUCCCGGUAUCUUCUGUCCUCGAGCGCGGCUUGGGCGGGCAUCCCCUGCUGACGCUGGAAGCAGAUUUUCUCCUUCUUUCUCUGCCAGUGGCACCCUCCCUCACCCCCCCAAAAAGCGUGUUAUGUGCUGAGCACCGGAUGGGGAGGGGAAUUGUUUGGAUGACAAACGCUGCUGCCACACGCACGGGCACCUCUGUGCCCGUCUCCUGCAGCGGUCAAGGGGCGGAAUCUCCUGCAGCGCAAGCACCGUUUGCAGGUGGAGCCGCUUGGUCCUUGGGCCGCAGUCUGACCUCCUGGAGACCAGGGCGGAGGUCUUACUCCUGGGCUGUUGAAAGAAUAGGAAGCAGAUGGGGACUAUGAGGACCCUUGAGUUUAUUGCUGCUUAGUGAGCAAACCCUGCACUGGGGGGCUUUUGGGGAUGAGGUGGGACUACUGAAGUCUGGCUGGGGGGUUGGAUGGUUUGGUGGAUUCGUGGCUGGCUCAGUAGUCCUACCCCAGAGGGCUCAUCAGUGACUCCCCAUCCAAUUGGAGAGGAGGCAGGGGGUGCCAGAAGGGGCCCUCUACUCCUCAGUUCUUUAAUUCAUUAACGCAUUGGGUGAAGACAGGGGAGGGCUUGGGGAAGUUGUAGACAGCACAGGAUUGGGUGGGACGGCUAACCCCUGGAAACCAGAAAUAUUCUUAAAAGUCAGAGAAAUGAGCUGUGGGUAGCGAUGUAGAACGAGAAUCAAAUGCGCAUGUCUAGGAUAGGAGAUAACUGGCUUGGUAAUAAUACUUGCGUAAAAAAUCCACAAGAUACAAGUUGAUUGCUAACUGAAUGAGAGCCAGCAGGGUGUUGUGGCUGCAAAAAAGGCAAAUGCAGUGUUAGGCUGCACCAACAGAAAUAUAAUUCCCAAGUCACAAGAAAGAAUUCUUCCCCUUUAUUGGGCUUUGUGGGCUGUUGAUUUCUGAGCACCAUACUUUAAGAAGUACUGGGACAAAUUGGAGAAAAUGUGAAGAGAGGCUGUCAGGGUAGCCAAAUACUAGAAUCUAAGGGACUGGAAAUGUUUGGCUUGGCCUGGGUGGGGGUGGGUUGGGUGGCCUCAAGGGAUGCUCUGGGGCAGGGCUAGGGGUGCCUGUUCUGUGCAGGUCUGCCCAGGGAUGAAAGGGCAGUGCCACGUUCUUCUGCCAAAGGACUGGCAAACGGAUUCCUCCCCCUCCCCCAUUCUGCGGCCAAAUGAUUCCAAGGGGAUCUUUAAACUAAGCUGGGGACAGUGAAUUCUUGGGGAAGGGCUCCUGGCCCCCGCAGCCCACCAGACAGCAAGACUUGUUUUCUCCCAGGAGUCACAGCUGCGUCCCCAUCAGCCCUCACUGGUCACACCCAGAAGAGACCCUCUUUGAAGGCCACUGCGGCAGAUCCCAUUCUUCAGUGGGGGGAGGUCUGCUGAAGGGCAAGCUGGGCCUGAUUGGGGGAGGCUGUGCCGGCCGCUUGCAUGGCCAUUCACCUGCUGCAGCCUCGGCUGCCCCCCAUCUUACCCUUUUUUUUCCCAGGACCCAGACAGAAAAGAUGCACAAGGAGGGCUGUGGUUCCUGGCCAGCUACCGGGGUCCUCGGUGGGGCCCUCGGCCAACCCGCCCACAAAUCCCAGGGGACAGGGCUGGCUUCCCCACUUCUGGUAGCUGUGCUGCAGGCCUGGCUGGGGCUCGGCUGCUCCUGUGGGGCCCAGCAGUUCCUCAGGGAGAGCUGGCACAGGGCAGGGGCCUGGGCUGGGCUGGGCUGUGGAUUCUCUGGCUCAGGCACAGCUUGUGAGUUCACAUUUUGCGGUUUUUAAGCUUAAUUUCCCCAGAUUUUGAUGUUUUUUUCCCUCCUUCCGCAGAUGUUGAGGCAAUUUUUCUCCUGUACUAAAGGAGUUUGGUGUAAUUCAGAUAUUAAACGUGUCUAGUUAUGUUUUCUGACACAUAACCACAAAUGAAGGAAAAAUGCUUAAUCACUAUUAGUAAGACAUUUAAUUCAAUCCUGGGAACGAGCAAAGGCUGCUUCCACUGAAAGACCUGGAAGGCUGCUGGGGGCCGGGGGUUAGCGAGCUGAAUGCAGCCGCUUGGUGCACCGGGGCUUUUCUUUUCAGGAGCUCGCACAGCUCUGCUGUGGGACACACUGAGCUGGGUCCAAAGGGGUGCUGGUGUGGUGUGGCGUGGCGUGGCAUGUGACUGUGGGCACUCAGGCGGGGGCAAGCAGCCAAGCCAGGGCCUGCAUCCCGAGGAGGCUGAACCCGAUCUGGCGAUGGCGCUCUUUGCUGGGCUAGAUCUGACUGACACCAAAAUACAACUGGUGCCAGGGGUGAGGUGGGCUGGGCAAUCAGCCCAGAGUUUGCCCCCUGUUUGCAGGGAGCCGUCCUGGGGGUAGGAGAGAUGCGACGAAUGUGUCUCCUGGGGGGAUAUGGCCGUGAAGUGAGUGAACAGCAAAAUCAGAUUUGGGGUCUCCAGGAGAGUUGUUUCCUUUUCCAGCACAAUCAGUUUUAUAAUCUGGGCAAGUUCUUGCAAGUCCAUAAACUUUAUUAUCCUUUUAUUGCUUAAUGAGAAAGCAGAAGAUGUGGCUGGAUAGAGACAAACCUGUGCGCGUUAGCCGGCUGCCUGAAGUGCUCACAACACUGGCUCAUUUCCUGUGUUCCCUGCAAGGGACUAGGUGAUUGGGAGGAAUUCCCACCCCCCAAAUUCUCAGGUUGGUCAUCUGUGGCCUCCCGUUAGCUCAGGAUCUAAAAGCCUUGAGCAAUAAAUGAAUAAUAGGGUGGCUUUGUUCCUACAGCACCCAAAUGGGUGGGUGGGGUUUCUGCAGCAGGUUAGCCCACAAACUGGCACCCUUCUGUUUAGGUUUAAGGCUGAACCUGUUAGGCUGUGGCCUGUUUCAGAGCCCUUCCCAAGUUGCUUGUGGCUUUUGGGAAGUGAACCAGCUGUGACUGAUCUCUGCCUGUUCCCCCAGGAAGGGCCACGAUCUCAUAACUUGCUUUCCCCUUCAGGUUCGGUUCUGACCCGCUCCUUAUUUGGCUGGCUGGCUGAGGGAUUCACUUGUGAAGUUUCUCCCCUUUCUCCUGCCUGUGGAAGUCCCAGAGAUAUGCCCCACUGCUGCCUAUUUUAAAGCAUGGGCCUCUUUCACACCUGUGCUACGCUGACAAGGAGACCCCUGGAUGCCCUCCAUCCCUGCACUACUGUGGCAAUGCCCCCAAAACAUUUCUUGCAGGAUGACAAGUCGCCGCAAAGCACUUUGAUGCCUCAAAGGCUUAGUGCCAACUUCCAUACCAUGGUCGAACUGGCGAGUGCAGGGCCGUUCUGCUCCUGGCCCCCCAAAGCAGACCGGCUGAACGCCAAAAGCGCCACCUCGGCCUGCUAUGCCCAACAAGCGCCGCGAUGGUGAAUUUACUGCCCGGUACCCUAACUCGGUUUUCUUUGCCGCAUGUACCUCUACCUGUGCAGGCUGGGGUGGGCACGCACAGGUGGGGCUCCUAUGAAGCCAGCGAUGCUCGCUGCGCCCCUCCAGUCCCGGAGCAGUCUUCCGGGAGCCGGGAGAUACCGACGGGAGCCGGGAGAUAGCCGGGAAAUCCCCUCCCUACGUUGCUGCUGAGGACCGGCGCUCGGGGCGUCCUGUGUGCGCGCGUGUGUGUUGGGGGGGGGCAACCUCGCCCCUCCCCCGGAAGG